GCCACUGGCUCGGUUGCUGGGCGGCGCGGGAGGAGGCCGCCUGGGCCUAGGCGAGACCCUGGACUGCCGCCAGCGAUGGACCAGCCAUGUGCGACCCUGCGGCGCCAGGCGGCGGCGCCCGGGCCCACUGGGGCGCCGUUCUGGAGGAGCUGCAGUCCCGCCAGAGCAUCUCGGCCGUGGUCAACGCCCUCGCGGCCCCCAGCGGCCUGGGACUGGAGGAGGCGCUGGAGCUUUGGGCCGAGAGCGAACGGGCCGCGCUGGACGCCGUGCCGGAGGUGUACUUGGGCCCCGUGCCGGAGGUGGGCGACUUCGAGAGCUAUUUGGAGUCCUUCGAGAAGGAGUGGGGCGUCUACCACAAGUACAACGGCGGCCCUUCUCUCCGGAGGCGCCAGGCAGAGGGCGCGGAGUGUCCAGCCGGGGAAGCCUUGUGCCCCAGCGUGCCGUCGGAGUAUUUCAAGACGAGUUUCAAGCUCGCUGGGCACCGACUGUUUCACGAUCUCAGGGCAACGAUCGAGCUCCACGAGGAGCGCAGCGACGAGCUCCACGGCCACCUCGACGACGUGGAGGGCGUGCUGCUCGUGGCCGUCCGGAGGGCUUACCGGGAGGGCUUCUUCGGCGAGGCCUCGAAGGACGGUGGUGCGCUGGCAGGGGAUGUCGCCGAGGCCAUGGGCGCUGUCAAGGGCGUGAGGGCCCGGUUGCAGUCCCUGAGGGACGGCCAACUGCGCCACAGCCGCGCGGCCGAGCGUUUGGUGCGCCGGCGGGCGCGGGUGACGGAGGUGCUGCGGCUCGUGGGGAAGUUGACCGCCGUGGACGACCUGGAGCAGGAGACCGAGCUGCUACUGGGACGCCGCGACUACUCGGGCGCCUUUGCGCUCCUGGAGCGCCACAGCGCGGACCUGGGCGAGCUGGGCGGGGUGGCCGGCGCGCAGGCCUGCCACGUGCGGCUGGGGCGGCUCGGCAAGACGGUGGACCUGGCUGCGCACGCGGACUUCGUCGAGAGGUUCAGCGCGGCGGUGCUCGGCGCCGGCGCAGCUCGGGCGCCUGGCGCCGAGGCGGGCGAGCUGUCGCGGCUCUGCGCCUGCCUGCGGCAACGCGGAGCGCUGGCGCCCCUGGUCGCGCGCACGCUGCGCGACAAGCUGUUCGCCGACUUGAGGGCCUUCCUGCGCACGCAGGCGCGGCAAGCGCUGGCUGACGGCCUUGCGCCCGCCCAGCGCAGCGGGGCAGACAGUACUGCCGACAUCUCCGCCGCGCUCGCGGCGAUGAGCCACACGCGGUUCCUGGGCUUCUGGGGAGACGUGCUGCGCGCGUGCAUGGACGCAGUGGGGCGGUUCGGCGAGUGCGCCCUGCUGGUGGCGAGGGAAGGCGGCGCUUCCAAUGAGCUCGCGACGCUGCUGGGCGAGUUUGCGGACACGCUGCUGGAGAAGGCCGGCGUCUUCCUGGUGGCCAGGCAGGCGCCGCACCAGGCCCUCGAGCCGCCCGAGUGGCAGGAGCUCACCUCGCUGACCGCCGACGCCCUGGGCGCGGUGGCCGCCCAGCAGGGGACGUCCGAGGAGCAGCUGCUGGACUUCGGCGAGCCCCAGGGCAGAGUGCUCGGUGAUGCAGCCGGCCGCGCGCAGGCCCCGCAGCAGCCGGGCCAGGGCACGGCAGGGCUGGCGCGCGAGCCGGCCGGGGCGCGCCUGCGCGGCGUGCUGGACGCGCAGGCGAGGCUCGUGGCGCAGGCUUUCCAUCGGCGGUGCGUGGCGGAGGUCACCAGCGGGCUGCAGCGGGAUCGCUGGGAGCGUGCCGACGUGCCGCCAGACGCCCAGCGCGCCCUCGACAGCCUGCUGUCGCACGCGCGGGCCGCGGGCGGGGCUGGCGCAGGGGCGGAGCUCGUCGAAGAGCCAGGGCGCUUUCUGCGGGCCGGUGCCUGCUGGUUCCCGGCCACUCCAGCGCUGCUUGCCUUUCUGCGCCUGCUCGCGACCUGCGUGAGCCUGAGCCGCGAGUGGGGCUGGAGCGCCGCGGAUGCCGUGUGGGGCAUGCACCGCUUGCUGGAGCACUUCAACCAGCUGGCGAGGACCCUGGUGCUGGGCGGGCAGGCGGUCCACAUGGGAGCUCUGAAGAAGAUCAACGCGACGCACCUGGCCCUUUGCUUUCAGGUCCUGUCCCUUCUGGAGCAGGUCCUCCCCCGGCUCCCGGAGCUGCUGCAGGCCAGCCUCGAGGCCCGCGGCGACCCCUCCGCGGCCCGGGCGCACUUCGACCUGGCGGCGGCGUCGUCCGGGCUUGCGGCGGGGUAUGCGGACCACUGCGCCGCGUUGCUGGAGAAGCUCAGCGGCCUGCUGCGGGAGCGGUGCGAGUUCCACGUGCAGGCGUGGCUGGGUAGCACGCACCCCGAGGCCCCAGAGCUGCAGCGGGAGAGCACCGGCAUCGACGCCGGGCCUGCCGCGGCGUCCACGCCCCACCCGGCGGCGGAGGGCCUGGCCAAGGACGUGGCCGCCAUGUUCGGCCUGCUGGCGAAGACGCUGGGCGCCGAGGCGGUGCAGCGAGUCUUCGCCAGGGCCUUCGCGGACGUCGCCGCGGGCGUGGAGCAGCGGCUCGCCUGCGGGGGCCUCGGCGCGCCGCCCAGGAUGUACGGCGGCGGCCCCGGCCACAGCCUGGGCGACCGCCUGUUGGCGGACGUGGCCUACCUGCACGACCAGUUCGCCAGGCUGGACUGUAUUUCCGCCGCCGUGCUGCAUCUGUUGUCGGACCUCGUGCGCCACAUCCAGGUGAAGCUCCCCGCUGGCGACCCCCUCCGGCGCCCGCACCGCCCCCUGCUGGACGCGCUGCGGCGCGCGGGGCGCCUGCCGCAGCAGUAGCGCCCCUCCCCUGCCGGCGGACGGCCGCCCUGCUGGCGGCGAGGAGCGGCCGGAGCCAGAAGAGCAGCUCGCCU